CUCCACCACCAGGUGUCAACAUGAUGACAGAAAUAGCACAUACUGACACUGACAUGACAACAGCCACUGCCACCUGAUGCUGCUGUCAGUCAUACAGAGAUCCUCACAUCAUUAAAAUGACACUGCAGAGACGGAUAGAUAGAUAGAUAGAUAGAUCGAUAGAUCGAUAGAUCGAUAGAUAGAUAGAUAGAUCAAGAAUAGGGUCCAGAGAAGAGGAGGAUGAGCAGCAGACAGGUGAAGGAGUAUCUGAGUCAACAUUACAUCAGCCGACUGCUGGAGAGUCUGCUGACUGGUCUCCUGUUCCACCAACCUGAGGACCCACUCAGGUUCCUGCAGGACGCUCUGAAGAGGACGAGGACACUGGGAGGUCCUGAAGCUGUCAGCUGGGACACCUUCAUCCACCACCUGAGUCCUCUGACCUCCAAAACACCACCAGAUCCCCAAAUAAUACCCCACACAGGAACCCUGUUACCCCUCAUAGCAACCCAGAUACCCCCAGUCCCACCCCGAACCCCUCCACCAGCUCAUCCUGGACCUCCAGCAGCUCCUUCCGGACCUCCAGCAAUCUCCAUGAUAUCCAAAGCCCCAAUCUCAGCUCCACCUGAACCAGCAGGAGCUCCAUUGGUCCACACUGAGGUGAUGCAACCAGACAGAAAAGCAUGGAGUGAAGACGGUCCUCCUGGUCCUUGUUCUUCACCUGUUCUUCCUCCUGGUCCUGGUUCUUCACCUGUUCUUUCUCCUGGUCCUCCUGGUCCUGGACCUUCACCUGUUCUUCCUCCUGUUCCUGGUUCUUCGCCUGAUCUUCCUCCUGGUCCUCCUGGUCCUCCUGGUCCUGGUUCUUCACCUGUUCUUCCUCCUGGUCCUGGUUCUUCACCUGUUCUUCCUCCUGGUCCUGGUUCUUCUGUAGUCCACUCUCAGCUCUCCAUAGAGUCUGAUUCUGACAUGACCGAGAGUUCUGGACUCUUACAGGAGAUCAGCAUCCUCCCCCUCCAGAGGCCACGCCCCCUGAUCAUCUUCAUCAUCGGUGGACCCGGCAGUGGUAAAGGAAGUCAGACCACCAAACUGACUGCCCACUUCAGCUUCCGAGGACUCUCAUUGGACGAGCUGCUCAGGAGGCAGCUGCUGACCGACGCCACACCUGGACGCAGGUGGGAACUGAUGUCAGAGCUGAUGAGUCACGGAGAGCUGGGAACACAGGAAGACACCGUGUCAGAGCUGAGGCAGCAGCUGAUUGGUCAGCAGGAGGUGGGCGGGGUCAUCGUGGAUGGGUUCCCUCGAGACGUCCAUCAGGCUCUGAGCUUCCAGGAGCAGGUAGGCUCACCUGACCUGGUCCUGUUGCUGGUCUGCUCUAAUGAGACGCUGCGUGGUCGCCUACGACGACGAGCAGCUCGGCUCGGUCUCCUAGGAGAUGGUGACCAAACCCUCCAGAGACGCCUGGACAGGUUCCAGAGGGACAUCGUGUCCAUCAGCAGAUACUACAGACAGCUGCACCUGCUCACACAGGUCGACGCUGACCGGGACCUGGAGCUGGUUUUUGCUGAUCUGAGUUCAGCCGUCAGACAGAAACUGUCUGUGAAGAACCGGGCAGAAUCCUGCACUGCUGAGUCAGCGUAACACCUGUUCGAUCAGUAAUCCUGUGUGUUAGUGAAUCUUAGUUGCUGUGGUAACCAGGUCAGUGAUGAUGCGUAAACAUGUGACUUCCAGGUUAAACAGAGUGAAGUUGUGACAUCAUGAUGACAGUGAACCUGUAGACCAAUCAGAGUGCUUCGAUCAGGUCACAUGAACACGUUAAUAAAACGUUCCUGAAAUUCA